AUGGAGGCAGCGGCAGCCCUGAACGAGAGCGGAGCGGCGGCCCCGAGGCUGCCGGCCGGCGGCGGCAACGCCUCGCUGGAGCUCUCGUCUCGGGCCCCCGCGCCCGCCGCCCUCAACCCCUGGGACGUGAUGCUCUGCGUGUCCGGCACCGCCAUCGCCUGCGAGAACGCCCUGGUGGUUGCCAUCAUCUGCUACUCGCCCGCCCUGCGCACCCCCAUGUUCGUGCUGGUGGGCAGCCUGGCCACGGCUGACCUCCUGGCCGGCCUCGGCCUCAUCCUCAACUUCGUUUUCCAGUACGUGAUCCGCUCGGAGACGGUCAGCCUGCUGACGGUGGGCUUCCUCGUCGCCUCCUUCGCCGCCUCCGUGAGUAGCCUGCUGGCCAUCACGGUCGAUCGCUACCUCUCCCUCUACAAUGCCCUCACCUACUACUCGGAGAGGACGGUGCUCUGCAUUCACACCAUGCUGGCGGGUGCCUGGGGGGUCUCCCUCUGCCUGGGGCUGCUGCCCGUCCUGGGCUGGAACUGCCUCCACGACCGCACCUCCUGCAGCGUCGUCAGACCCUUGACCAAGAGUAACGUGACGCUGCUGUCUGCCUCUUUCUUUCUCAUUUUCCUCAUCAUGCUCCAUCUCUACAUCGAGAUCUGCAAGAUCGUCUGCAGGCAUGCCCACCAGAUAGCUCUCCAGCAGCACUUUCUGACUGCUUCGCACUAUGUCACCACCAAAAAAGGAGUCUCUACCCUGGCUAUCAUCCUUGGGACUUUCGGAGCCAGCUGGCUGCCUUUUGCCAUCUACUGUGUGGUGGGGGAUCCUGACUACCCUUCUGUGUACACGUAUGCCACGCUCCUACCUGCUACCUACAACUCCAUGAUCAACCCCAUCAUUUAUGCCUACAGAAACCAGGAAAUCCAGAGGUCCAUGUGGGUGCUCUUCUGUGGCUGCUUUCAGGCUAAAGUGUCCUUUCGCUCACGGUCCCCCAGCGAUGUCUGA